AUGGUCGACUACAGCAAGUGGGAUAAACUGGAGGUGAGCGACAGCGACACAGAGUCCGAUGAGGAGGCAUCUGCUCCCCGUAAGCACGAGCUGCGUAACAGCAGCAGUAACAGCAGCAGUAGCAGCAGCAGAGGAAUUGACUACAGCAAGUGGGAUCACAUUGGCGACGAAGAAGAGGAGGAAGAAAAGGCGCAUGCACCUCGAGUGAGGCGCUUAACAAAGGACCAGACUGUGAGCAUUGGACCUUCAGGAUUCGAUAUACUUUCGAAAGCAGAGGCAACAAGGCGGCAGCAGCAGCAGCAGCAGCAGCGGGAGCAGCAAGAGCUGCUGCAAAAGUGGGUAGAGGAGGAGCAGCAAGAAGCACUGAGUGAAACUGGGAUGUCUUUUGAAGAUGCUCACGAGUGGCCUCGCUGCGGGGCGGUGCAGGCAGCGGAGUUGCCUCCAGCAGCAGCUGCAGCAGCAGACGCAGCAGCAGCUGCAGCAGGACUCCCUGCAGUACUGUCAACAGGCAUAGGGAAAGCUGAAAUGGAAAAGCGAAUCAGAAAUGGAGGUGUAAGUCCAGGCCGCUAUUUCUGGAGCCAAACACCAAGUGAAGUAACCCUCUCUUUGCUGCUUCCUCACGGUGUCAGGGGUAGAGACCUGCGUGUACACCUCACAGAGCAGACCCUUCGCAUCUGCUGCACUCCGGAUUCCCUGCUCUCCACCACCACCAGCAACGGCAGCAGCAGCAUCGACGGCAGCAUUAGAAGUAGUAUCGGGGAACACGUUCUUCUGGAAGGCAGCUUCCCCCACCCCGUAGAAGCCGAUGAUGACUGCUGGCUCUGGGAGGUGACGGAGCGACGCAUCAACUGGCAGCAGCUACAGCAGCUUGCUGAACAACAGCAACAACCUCAAGCACCUAGUAGUAGUAGUAGCACUGGCAGCAGCAGCAGUGACAGCAGCAGCGGCAGCGGCAGUAACGGGAGCAGCAGCAUGCAGGACCUACCUCAGGAGGUCCUUCCUCCCCCAUUGUUUUUCUUGGAUCUUCACCUUAGGAAGAAGAAGAUUCUUCCUACUGCUGAUGUUUGGUGGCCGCGCAUUCUGAAGGGGGAAGCAGGCAUCGAUGUGUCGCAGUUGGCCGGUCGACGCCACAGGGAAAAAACUCAGAGUUUUAAAGAUGCGUGGUAUGCAGCGCAUGCAGCAUUCAAAGAGAAAGUAAAGCAUCACCCCAGGAGCAAUUUUGCUGCCCUUCUUGCUGCUGCUGCUGCAGAUGCUGCUGCUGCCGACGGUGAUGGCCCUGCUGGCGACAGUGUUGCUGCUAAGGCUGCUACAGCAGACGGCCACGACAGUGCCAACCAGCAGCAGCAGUAG